UCAGAGAAAGUCCAAAUUCAUUCAGUCUGACCUGCUGUUUGUUUGUGUUGACGACACGGGCAGCAGACACCUGUGCUUUUGCGAGUUUUCCAGAGCCUCAUCAAGAUUACUACUCAUUUGAAGAACCCUUUGGUCACAGCGAGGAGGAGGAGAGGUUCCUGAACUUGGGAAGCCAAAAGUCACCAGAGGUCACAUCCAGCCCUCCCCCUCCCCCCAGCCCACCACCAUCACCAACUCAAGUCAAGGAGACAAACAAAACACCCAAGCUGUUCACCCCAAGCAAGCUCAAUUUCUCUCCCUCCCACUCCGGAGGUAACGACAUGAACCUUUCCGACCUGCCUACCUUCACUCCCAGCACCUUCCCUCCCAGUGCCUUCAACUAUGCAAGACCGAGGCAUUUUAUUCAAUCUCAGGCCGCCUUCCAGGCUCCCAGCUACGAGAGUGUUCUGAGGGAGGCUCAGGAGAACCAAAACAACUCGCAGCAGAACUUCAGCAGUCCCCUAAACAGUCCAAGUGUUGCUGAGACACAGACGAAAAUAUCCUCACAAAGUCAGUCUUUUUCUCAAACUCAGUCAGUGUGCAAGUCCGUGAUGCAGACCCAAUCACAGAUUCAGUCGCUAAACCUUAAUCAGAACCAGGCCCAAUCUGUUGCUCAGACCCAGACCAAUGGCACAGUCAAGCCCUCUCCUUCCUCAUCCAGUCUCAGUUCUCCGAUGUCCACCCCGACCUUUUCUGCUGCACCUCCUCUUUCUCUUUCUGCUCCCUUACCCAGUCCCUCCACCACCAUCCCUUCCUCCUCACCUUUCCCCGACUCCUCAUCCUCUCUGCCCCGCACUACCAUGCGUUCCACCAUCACCCUUACUCCAAGUAUCCCCAGUGCCACUGGCCUAGGCAGCGCCACCCUGCCCGCCAAUCAGGACACCAUGUCCGCACCUGCUGCCUACCUCUGCUCUGUGCUGCCCUCCAAGUCCGCCUUCUCCCCUUUGUCCUCCAACAAGCUGUCUCCCAACUCCAACCUUCACCACCAACCCAUCUCCCCAUCCCGCUCUCCUCUUCUCCCCUCCAGCCCUCUCCUCCCCCUGAGGGCCUCCUCCUCUCCUUCCUCAUUCCCUCAGCCGCCUCUGCCAGUUUCCCCUUCUCUCCCUCGCUCCCCUGUCUCUCCGUCCUCUGUCCCACAGUCCAACACUCUCAACAGUCCGAACAGAAUACAGCCUGGUGUGGUCUCACUGCCCGCCAGCUACAAGGCAACGCCAAACACCCUUCCUAAGCCUAUCCUCAAGAAGUCUGUAGCUCCUCGGCCUUCCUCCGCUCGCUCCACAGAUGAAGACAUCCAGGGCUCCAAAGAUGCCCUGAUACAGGACUUGGAAAAGAAGCUGCGUUCUAAGGAGGCCAGAAGGAGACCCAGCCAGCCAGAAUCACCAGAAGGAAGACACAAGGGUGGACUAUGGGGGAAGCACCACUCAGGGACAGAUGAGAGGGGAAAUGAGGGCUCAGCUAUUCAGGAGAAGUGUUACGCUCCUCGCUUUUUGCAGAUCCCUUCAGACCUCACAGUGGAAGAGGGGCGCUUCUGUAGGAUUGACUUCAAGGUGGGAGGCCUCCCUACACCAGAUCUCUGCUGGUACCUGGACGGUAAAGCCAUCCGUCCAGAUGACUACCAUAAGAUGCUGGUGUGUGAGAAAGGGAUGCACUCAUUUAUCAUAGAGAUUGUGACAGUGCACCAUGCUGGCGUGUACGAGUGUGUGGCCAGAAACAGAGCAGGCGAGAGCAGAUUUACCAUGAGGCUUGACGUUUUGGCCCAGGAGGCUCUCCGUCCUCCCACAUUCGUCGUGAAGAUGUUAAACUCCAGAGCUCUAGAGGGCGACACUGUCAGGUUAGAGUGUAAAGUGGACGCCUCCCCUCCACCACAGCUAUUCUGGAAGAAAGACAAAGACAUGCUGCGUAUUGACCCAAACAGAAUGAGUCUGUACCAGGAUGGUUCAGGCCGUCAGUGCCUGUUGAUAGAGAGGUUGACGAAGGCUGAUGCCGGUUGGUACACUCUCUCUGCCAUCAAUGAAGCCGGCAUGUCCACAUGCAACGCGAGGCUGGAUGUAGGGACUCGUUCAGCCCCUCCCAUGAAAACAGCACCCCCUGGUUCAAAGACGCUGAAGCUGCUGUCCUCACUGAGCCAUGGGCCUGCACUGACAGUGGACACCCCUGCACAGCACACUGCCCCACUGUACGAGAGUGAGGAGCUGUAGUCCCCAAACUGAACCAAGUCCGUCUCAUCCUCAGGCCGUCAUCACACAUCUCACAGCUGUGCAACUGGGGCAGGAGCCUGUAGUCAGUAGCCCUAUUCAGACUGCUGUUUCAAAGCGAUAUUUACGCCCCAUGACGUUUCGUACUGCCUUCGGAGGUAGUAACAGAGUCUGAACGUUAUCAGCGUGGGAGCACAGCGCUGUGUGUUUGUGCAUGACUGACUGUGUGUGUAAGUGGAGAUCCUGCUCUGCUGUGCUUUCCGAAACGCAAUGUGAAUUCACAGAAUGGUGCAAGUAUAUAACACCAUCGCAGAAUCAAUAUGAUUGUAAAAAGAUAUUAUGACCAUUUUGUGGAAAAGCAGUCUGAAAAGGGCUUCUGUCAUUUUCAAGGCAGAUAGUUUGGAAUACAAAUGAACAGCAGACAAGACGACAUCUUUAGUAUACUUUUGAGUCCAAGCUAUCUAAAGUUUGGUUGUAUUCUUGGAAACGUUUUUAAGUUGUAUGUCACAUUUCUGAAAUUAAUUAUACAUUCAUCACAUUUUCAAAAUAUGGCUGACAUCCUCAAAACAACCAUGCCUCUGAUAUGUCAUUAAGAGCUAUGCUUCCUUGUGCAUCAAGAUAGAAAGACCUCAUACCGUCCAUCUGCUACUGUUGGGUUUCCCCUGUGACUGUUUGUUGUCAAAGACUGUAGAGACCAUGUUUGAUAUGUUUGACCCCCUCCACUCUGUCCAUUUGUCUCCUCACUCGCCCCUCUAGUCUGCCCUCGUCAGAGUAGCUUGUAUAGAUCAUGGUUGUAUUAAUAGACCUGUACAUGGUGUAAAAGAGUCAGCCAUAGUGCUAACCAAAAUCCUGUGACACAAACUCCUGAGAUCCAUAAAUCAUUUUAUUUUGGUUUGAAAACAGAAUGAACCCUCUUUUAACCCAAGAACCUAGAAACCACUUUGCCAUCAUCUGCAACUGCAUCUUGAUUUUGACAGUUAUCUGCUUUUCUCGCCGUCACCUGCUCACGUUUCAGAAGAUUUAGGCUGAGUUAGAAGUGUUCUGUGAUGAGACUACACAUUUAAAUGUGUUGCGUCUGAUGAUGUGUGUCUGUAACCACAGAAAGAAAUCUUAUUUUAAAACUCACCCAACCAUUACCAUCUUUAUUAGACAGUCACAUGCAGCUUUUAGUUACUGCUCAGAUUCUCUGCCUUGCCAUAAGUUGAGCCUCAAAUGUGUUUUAAAGCUGGUUUCUUAUAUACAGUGUAUGUGAAUGAAGCUAUUUAUAAUUUUCACCUGAAGUUAUAGUCAGUGUUAGGACUUGAAGUUGCCUCUGUCAUGGCCUACAAAAGCAUGCAGUGGUGCCAUCAACAAGUUGUCAAAGUGCCAUUCUGACACCCAGCCUCUAAGUGAACAUGGAACUGAUGUUGCACUGAGUACGACACUCAGAUCUCAUUCAGGAUAGUUUACAUUUUGUCGCAUCUGCAGUGCAGAGAAUAAGUUGAGACAAUCAUUUUGUACCCCUUCCAUGCAUCAUAAACUUCAGUUAUAAAGAUCUGGGCCCUGAACUACUGCAAACUCCAGAGCAUUACAUUAAAAAAAUAACAAUUAUUAUGAGGCUUGAUUUUCCUGCAUGCCACAGCUUGUUUUUGUCAUGACAGACAGAAUUCAUUAUUAUCUAAACUUUUUUUGGCUGGAUGUGCAUGCAAACUGAUUUGGGUCACAAGAGGAACAUCAAGAUGGAAACUUCAUUGUCUGGUUCGUUGCGGAGUAGUCAUGCUUCUUUGACCAUUUGCAUUGAAAGUGCUUUUCACUUAGAACUGUUUCUGGCUGUAUUCAGACCUUAGUGUGUAACUGCAGGAAGUAUUGUGUGUUUACCUUAAGUGCUGUUUGUUGUGUAAGAAGUUCUACAUAUCACAGGAUGAAUGAGGAAGGAAUAAAGUUGAUUUCAAACGUA